UAGCUCUCGAAGUUAUAGGUUCAUAUUUGUAUGGGAAAGAUAAAGAAUUUUGGCGAGGUGCGUUAGAGAAGUUACGGAAAGUACCACAUGAGGAAGUGCAAGAAAAGUUGAAGAUAAGUUAUGAAGCAUUAAACGAGGAGGAAAAGCAAAUAUUUUUGGAUAUUGCUUGUUUCUUUAUUGGAAGUAAUUUAAAAAUUGUAUCCUACAUGUGGGAAGCCAGUGGAUUUUUUUCAAGGUUGGGGAUUGACACGUUGAGUGUUAUGUCUCUAAUAAAAAUUGAAGAUGACGGAGAGUUGAGGAUGCAUGACCAAUUGAGAGAUCUUGGAAGAAAAAUUGUUCGUGACGAAGAUUAUUCUGUGCCUUUGAAUCGAAGUAGGUUGUGGGUCCAUGAGGAAGCCUUGGCAGUACUUCAGAGAUAUAAGGGAAUUCCAAAAGUUCGUAUUCAGGCCCUUUGUCUUGACGAAGACAAGUCGCAGAGGAAAUUCACAACCGAGGCAAUUUGAGACACUACCGUUCUUAAGGUUCCUUGCGGUAUAUGGUGCAAAAUUGAUAGGAGAUUCUGAAGGCUUGCUUCCUAAUUUACGAUGGCUUGUGUGGAAGGGAUGUCCUGCAUUUGUGGCUACUAGUUUUUGUUUGGAGAAACUAGUCAUACUUGAUUUAUCAAGAAGUGACAUUUCAGAUUUUUGGGAAGGUUGGAGUCAUCUCAAGGUGGCGGAGCAGUUGAAAGUUCUAGAUCUUACUUAUUGCCGUUGUUUAAAUAUUAUUCCUGAUCUCUCAGCCUUUGAAAAUUUAGAGAUAUUAAUCCUCGAAGGAUGUAAUAAACUGGAGCAAAUUCCCCAUUCUAUAGGAAAAGCCAAGGGCCUCAUUUUUUUGAACUUGCAAGGAUGUGAGAAACUCCAAGGGCUGCCCCAAGAAAUGGGCAAUUUGGAACAACUGGGCCGGAGCUUAACAUAA